UCACAAAGAAAAGAUACAUUGAUAAUACUAAGUGAGAAAGAGAUAGUGAUAAUGGAUUUGAUGAUGAACAAGAAGGCAAUGGUGAUGAAGUUAGCUUUGUUGGUUUUCCUUUUGGGCUUCACUUCAACUGUUGUUGAUGCUCGUUUCGACGGAUCAUCCUUCAUCACUCAACUGCUCUCCAAUGGUGAAGCUACUUACGAAGUAAAAUCCACAACAACAGCAUGCUGUAAUAGCUGCCCUUGCACAAAAUCAAUUCCUCCUCAGUGUCACUGUGCUGAUAUUGGAGAAAAAUGUCACUCAGCUUGCAAAAGAUGCCUUUGCACAAGAUCUUUUCCUCCACAGUGCCGUUGCACUGAUACCACUGAUUUCUGCUAUGAACCAUGUAGCUACUCCUCCAAUGGUGGAUCUCACUAAGUUUGAGUAUAACUAUGUACCUACUACCAUAUGCAUGUGAUGAGAGACAAAGUCCCUUAGGCUUUGUGUUUUGUGUAUGGAAAUGAAUAAAUUAUCAAUAAAAUAAAACUACCACUUGAUCUUGCUGUUUGUUUUUUUACAAACUGUAGGGUUAAAGUCUUUCUUUUA